UUUCAUUUCUAGGACAGCACAUGCUGUUUUAGCUCUUUUUAUUUGCAAUUGUAAUCUUGUUUCAUUGUUUUGAGAUGAUUAGAGUAGCUUCAGAAUUUACUACCAAACUAUAUGUCUUUAGUGAAAUCCAAUUUUUGUCUAUGGGAAAAAGCCUCGCUACCUCCCAAGUUAAGGGCAAGGUCUGCGUACACACUACCAUUCCCAGACUGACAGACUCCACUUGUGAGAUUACAUUGGGUAUGUUGUUGUUAUGAAAUCUAAGUUUGUUGUGGAAGAGAUUGUUUUGGAGCAUCUCCAAUUGGUAUGUGUUUGGCUGUAAAUGCAAAUACAUCAUUAUAAAUAUAAAUAUUUCAGAAAAAUCAGUUAUUAUAAGUAAUAAUUCUCCAAAAUUGAUUCAUGUAGUGAUGGCUGAAGGAAUUGCAAAAAUUGUGCUUGUAUAAUUGAAUUUUAUGUGGUUGACAAUGACUUUCAGAUUUGAAAAUGGUACAACCUGAAGAAGUUCUGCGAAAUGUUAGCAACUGCCCGGUCCCAGCUAUAAUUAGCGUUUCUGAGAGUAGACCUCUUCACUCUUGGUUCAUCUAUCGUGAUUAUGCUUGCCAUGAAAGAAAAGUUUCUGACUUAGAAGUGUUUAAUCAUGCAACUUUCAGUUAAGAAACAUUGAUUGUUGGAUCAAGUCAUCUAUAAGAGGACCUCGGCUUCUGUGAGUCUUAGAUGCACUUAAAGCAACAAGCUGAACUUAGUUCUCGCGGCUGAAGAAUAAUUCAUUUGUUAUUACAUUUCAUGAAACAAAUGGUGCUUGAACACAACUAACAAUUAAGUAGAUGUCCCAGCUGUUAUGGAUUGCACUCUGCGUGGCCACGAAUAGUAGUGCUUGGUUCAGCACAACUGUGCUUGUGACUAAUAUGAGAAACUUUCCUCUAAGCCGGGGCACGGUUGCUGGGAUUCUUAAAGGUUAUGGAGGGCUCAGCGCUGCGGUGUAUGCAGAAGUCUACAGUGCUUUGCUUCGCAAUUCUUCUUCUAAGCUCUUGCUGUUCCUUGCACUAGGGGUUCCUACUUUAAGUUUGUCAAUGAUGUACUUUAUUAGGCCCUGUACUCCAUCUUUAGGCGAAGAUUCUUCAGAGUCAUACCACUUUUUGUUCGUCCAAGUAGCUAGUAUUGUUCUCGGUGUCUAUGUAUUAACAACAACAAUUUUGGAAGACGUAUUUUCUUUAAAUGUCUUUGUUUCUUACACUUUACUCGGUAUUAUGGUGGUCCUUCUAAUGGCUCCACUGGCCAUUCCCGUGAAGAUGACUUUUUAUCCCUCAACCCGCGGCAAGCUGGGCGUGUCCGAUGUAUCAGAGAAUUCAGAACCCUUGUUAACACCAUUAUCAUCAUCAGCAAACCUAGGAAGUUUUCAAGAGGGAGACGAUAUCUCUGAAGUGGAUAUGCUUCUGGCUGAAGGGGAAGGUGCAGUAAAGAAAAAGAGGAGGCCGAGAAGAGGUGAAGAUUUCAAGUUCACUGAAGCUUUGGUCAAGGCAGAUUUCUGGCUUUUGUUUUUGGUUUACUUUUUUGGUGUGGGUUCUGGGGUUACUGUUCUCAAUAAUCUGGCGCAGAUCGGAAUUGCUCAAGGUCUUCAUGAUACAAAAAUCCUGCUAUCGCUUUUCAGCUUCUGCAACUUUGUUGGUCGUCUUGGCGGAGGAGUUGUUUCAGAAUAUUUUGUCAGGUUAAAAGCACUGCCUAGAACAGUAUGGAUGACAUGCACACAAGUAUUAAUGAUCAUUUCCUACCUUCUGUUUGCUUCUGCACUUAAUGGUACCUUAUAUGCAGCAACAGCAUUACUAGGAGUUUGCUAUGGUGUUCAAUUCACAACAAUGGUCCCAACAGCCUCUGAGCUGUUUGGUCUCAAGCAUUUUGGUAUAAUUUUCAAUUUUAUGUCGCUAGGGAACCCGUUAGGUGCUUAUCUCUUCUCCGGUCUCCUUGCUGGGUUUCUCUAUGAUAACGAAGCAGCCAAGCAGCACACCUCCACAUGCUUGGGUCCUCAUUGCUUUAGAGUCACGUUCCUGAUUCUUGCCGGAGUAUGUGGUGUAGGAACGAUGCUUAGUAUUGUUCUUACCAUGAGAAUAAAACCCGUUUACCAAAUGCUAUAUGCUGGAGGAUCCUUUCGGCUACCUCAAAGUUCAAAUCAUUGAGGUAUCUUGAAAAAAGCCUGACCAACGUCAUGUGGUAAAGUUCUAAAGGAAGCACAUUGAUCAGCAAUCACCUGUGAGUUCAAAUUUCGGAUAGUUUUAUGCUUUUGAAAGGUUGUGUGAUUUGUAUGAUAUGUUCAAGAAGUUUAGCUUUGUUAGGUUAGUGUCCACAGUGAAGCAUCUUGCAUGUAGAUGCUUAAACUUUUGUAACACGGUACAUCAAGCAAUAGUAAGAAAUAGUGUUCUCAUCUA